UUCCCACGACUCGCUUCCGUCGUGAACGAGCGCGGCCGCGGCCAGCGCGGUUUCCGUCGUGCUGAAGCUCUGUCGGUAGUCGUUCCUGGGCGGCCGGCCGGCGAGGCGGCGGCGUUGGCUGCGGCCGACAUGUUGUGAGGAGGCGGCGCGGGGUGUCUGAAGGAUGGUUUGGCCGAGGCGGCGGCUUCGGCUGCUGGCGGCGCCGGCCGCGGGGGCUCCGGCUCUGUAGAGCCGAGCCUGCUGGGUGUCGGCCCGGUACACCAGGGGCUCCCUCGGACCCCGGCGCCGUGAGGGGUCGGGGGCGUCUCCGAGCGGACCCACGGACGUGGUUCUCUCCUUCUGGACCCGGGAGCUGGUGUCCCCCCGAGUCCUCAGCCUCGCUCCCCGACCUCGCGGUCUCCCCCGCCGUCGGGCGCUCCCCGCCCUCGGGAGCCCGCUCCUCUUCCUCCUCCUCCCUCGCCUCUCCCCCUGCCCCCCCGGGGACCACUCUCCGUGGGCGUCCUGCGGAGACUUCUCUGCGGUGUGCCGUCGUGGAUCAGAGCCGGGGACUUGGCAAGGUACGAUGGCCUCCUCGUCUGGCAACGAUGAUGACCUCACGAUCCCCAGAGCUGCUAUAAAUAAGAUGAUCAAAGAGACUCUUCCCAACGUCCGGGUGGCUAACGAUGCCCGAGAGCUGGUGGUGAACUGCUGCACGGAAUUCAUCCACCUGAUAUCGUCCGAAGCCAAUGAGAUUUGCAACAAAUCGGAAAAGAAGACCAUCUCACCAGAGCACGUCAUACAAGCACUAGAAAGUUUGGGCUUUGGCUCUUACAUCAGUGAAGUUAAAGAAGUUUUACAAGAAUGCAAGACGGUAGCAUUGAAAAGAAGAAAGGCCAGUUCUCGUUUGGAAAACCUUGGCAUUCCUGAAGAGGAGUUACUGAGACAGCAACAGGAAUUAUUUGCAAAAGCUAGACAGCAACAAGCAGAAUUGGCCCAACAGGAAUGGCUUCAGAUGCAACAAGCUGCCCAACAAGCCCAGCAGGCUGCAGCCUCAGCCAGUGCCUCCAAUCAGGCAGGAUCUUCACAGGAUGAAGAAGAUGAUGAUGAUAUCUGAAGUUCACAAGCUUAGUUUCUGUUUCCUCUAUAAAUGUUUUUCCUUGCACACACACACACACAAAAAAAACAGUGAAAUGCUUAUCUGUAAUUUUGUAUGCAUCUUGGUGGGCUUGCCAUUGGUAUUCUAGGGAUAUUUGCUGUUAAGUUUCAACUAUAUGUGCUAUACAUGUAAAACCGUCUCUUUGAACUAUUGAAAAUAUAAGGUUUAGUAUAAUACUAAUAUUUUUAAUGGUGUUUAUGAAAUUUUAGAUAGCAGUGAGCCCUUUAUUCGAUCACUAAACAGUGUUACAGAAAACUUCAAGUUUAUAAAAAUACAGUGAACAUUAUACAGAAGCUCUUAGACUAUAUUUGCAUUUCUCUACCCUUUUAACUAAACUAAAAUUGGGAAUUUUAAAUUGAGUAGGGUAUGGUGUGAUGCAGAAUACAUUGGAUUAGGUUAGUGAAAAAAGUCCAGUUCUAUAGUAUCUGUCUUAAUUUUUUUUUGUCUUUUAAAAUGAGUAUAGGCAAUAAAUAUGUAUGCUCAGAUAAAUAUACUUGUUUAGAGAAACCUCAAAAUAAGACAUCCAAAAACUAGAAAGGGUAUGUGUUCAAAAGUAGUUGUAUAAAUUUGGUGAGUUAUGUUUUUGAUUUUGUUAUUUUGUGUAGCGGUAAAAACUAGUUUUAUCCUAGCAUAAUUUAUCCUGAGCUACUCUAUGACAUUUCAAAGGCUGGCCAAUCUUAAGAACUGUCAUGAUUCUUACUAUUUCACUCCAGUUCAAUACUGUUAAUAGUAUUACUUGUUUAAUUCAUCUAUGUUUAUAUUAUUUGAGUAUAUAAAUGGGGCUUGUGAAACAAU